UCGUCUCAUCCGCGAAUACGAGUGGUGCCCUUAGGCAAGACUUGGUUGACAGAUACCGCACCACCAAUUUCUCCCUCAAACUGAUACAGGGUCACUGCUCAAGUUCUCAAUGUGAUGGACGGCUACCCUCUCGAGAUACAGAUGCUCAUCUUCGAGUUUGCGUGUACCGACGGCGGAUCCGCCGGCCGGGCCCUUGCCCUCGUCUCACGAGCCGUUCGAGCACUAUCCUACCCGUACCAGUGGAACUCUCUUGCGAUUUACGGCUAUGGACAGGCAGCAGGUUUUGCAAAACUUCUCUACUCGCAGCAACCCGCCCUAGGCCUCCCUCAUCGACCGGUUCAUCACCUGUUCGUUAGCUCCCGACCUGCCCAGCACGCGGUCGACUACAACCACUUUCAUAUGCCGCAUACGUGGCCAGGCGUUGUACGCGGCAUUUUACGCCAUGCCGCUCCGACGUUGAGGACGCUUGCGAUGAUCAGCCUCGAGGCUCCCAUGGACAGCGCAAUAAUCCUUUCCCAGGCGCUUUCUCUUCAUUACCCCUGCCUGGUCGAACUGACAAUCCGAGGGCGAUGCACGCCGGAGCAGCUGGAGCAGGCGAAACGUUACUACGUUGUCGCGACCGCCGCUGUUGCUGACGAAGAGGCUAACGACGCGGUGUGGCCCUCGAUACCGAGUCUUCGCCGGUUACAUUUGGUUUGUGCAUUUAAUGGCCUAGGACGAAGUACCCGACCCGAGCAUGCGCUCAUCCAUCAGUUGGCACCCUCCCUUACACACCUUCGCUUCACCGUACUUGACCUUUGGGGCAGCAAGCGCAUAGCGGAGAUCGUCCAUGCUGAAUGCGCACAAAGUGGUAUCAUGGACCCAUACAUCGAACUAGGGGACCCUUCCUCCCCGAACGUCGCAUCAGGAUCCUCCACAGUCCGACCAUACCCCACGAGGCCCCUAGUCACCCGCAUUCCCCAUAGCGCUACCCCCCUUGCGACCCAGCCCACCUUCAACCCCUCAGGCCCUCUUCUGAAAGCCUCUCGAGUUACGUGGGACCGAGUUCUCCCGCCUGCCGAAACCCUCGAGCUCUUCGUGUUCCAACCGCCGCCCGUCUCGAAUACCGACUUCUACUGCUCCUGCUGCAUGGACGCGCGCGGGGACCGUGACGUGAUGCGCGUCUUUGAAGCGUUGGCGCGCGCCUCGGACGGACGGUUCCUAUAUCUCCCCAGUCGCGUGAGGACGGUGUACGGCUUCGAGGAAGCGGAGGCAGAUUGGCUUGACCGGGUGAAAGGUCUGCAAGGCUGCUGGGCCGCCCGCCAAGAAGUCCCUGUGCAUCGAGCCGCUGUAGCUGCGGCCGUAUCUCCUGCUUCUCCUGCUUCACAGCCCGUUCUCGACCGGCGAGCGAGCGGGAAACGCAAACGCGUUACGUUGAAGUCUGUCGUGAAGCGCCUCCAAAAGGUGAAGUUCUGGUGA